AAUGUCUGCGUUGUGCUUUUUUUCGGAAAGUGGGCGGCUUGAAACCGCCUGUGCUGAAUAACAUUGGCUGUUCCGUUUUACCCCCUCCGCGCUCAGGAUCCCGGAAGUAGCCGCGUGAGAUCAUGAUGGCAGCUGAGAGAAACACUGUGUCAUGUUACCUUGAUGAAAAGACCUUCCGGCUUUGCUGUCAGCUCUUUCUCCAACACUCGGAGACCAUCCAGGAUGGUUGGAGCUGGGAGCAGAUCAAGGGCACUGAUGAAGGCUUCAUGAAGAAGACUCUUCUCAUCCCUGUAAAAUCCAGCAUUUUGAACAAACAACAUGAGUGUUCCAUCCAGGAUGAAAACAUGGAGACAGAUGACAUCCAGGCAAACGUUGAGGAUGAAACGGCUGGAGUUCAGGCAGUAUGUGAAAUUCACGCUGUGCUGCGCUAUGAAUACCACGUUCUGUAUUCUUUCAGCUAUCAGAUCCCUGUCCUCUAUUUCAGAGCAUCCACGUUAGAUGGGCGACCCCUGUCUCUCGAGGAGGUGUGGAGCAAUGUUCAUCUGAACUAUAGACAGAGACUACAGCAGGGACCCUGGGACACGCUGACCCAACAGGAACAUCCUUUACUGGGCCAACCGUUUUUCAUGCUUCAUCCAUGUCGCACCGAGGAGUUUAUGAAACCUGCUCUGGAUUUGGCACAAGCUGAAAACAAGAGGGUGAACUAUAUUGUGACUUGGCUCAGUGUUGUUGGACCCGUCGUCAGACUGGACGUCCCUUUGAGCUACAGCACCGAGGUGUCCGCUCCAGACUGAAGCGCCUCUGCUUUGACCUGCUUUGAUCUUCCUGUCUGUCUCAGACUCCACAGACCCAGAGGACGUGCAGAGGACAUGCUGAGGGUCUCCGAGGGGCCAAAGAGGCUUCAGAAGUCUUGUCAGCAGUGUUUGAACAUUCAAGACACCAAGUCUUUAAGUUCAUAAGUUAGCCCAAGAAUGCUCUUAAUGUUUUACUAAAUUGUACUAAAUUCAUACACUGCUAUUCAAAUGUUUGGGGUCAGUAAGAUUUCUUGUUCAUCAAGGAUACAUUAAAUUGAUCAGAAUUAACAGUAAAGACAUUUAUAAUGUAACAAAAGUUUUCUAUUCUAAAUAAAUGCUGUUCUUUUGGCCUUUCUAUUCACCAAGUAAUCCUGAACAUUACAGUUUUCAGAAGAAUAUGAAGCAGCACAACUGUUUUCAACAUUGAUAAUAAUGAGAAAUGUUUCUUGAGCAGCAAAUCAGCAUAUUAUAAUGAUUUCUGAAAGAUCUGAAGACUGGAGUAAUUCAGCUUUGCCUC